CGGAAAAAACUUACAGCUCUCUCCGUUACCAGCGAAGCAGGAGGCGACGUUGGAAAAAAAUUUAGGGUUUAACAAGCAACGACCAAAGCAAUUCGCAGCUUAGAUUUGCUCUCAUUUUCGAUUUCACCACAUCGGAUAUGGACACUUCAGACCCUGCUGCUUUUGUGAAUGGAGGGCUGCUGCACAUGCAUGUGGGACAGAAGGUGCGGGCAGUGAUUCAGGUUAUACGCUCUGAUGUGGGAUCUGUGGUUGGAAAGUCCACGGAUGACAUCCAAAUUAUUGUAAAAGGCUCGCCACCCAUUCCGCGUACCAAUUAUAUCGAGGUUAUUGGUGUUGCUGUAAACGACAAUUCCAUCCGAGCUGAAAUAUGGACCAACUUUGGGGACACAUUUGACGCAUACAACUAUGAUCAGCUUUGUCAGCUCGCAAAUGGGUGGUUCAAACACUUGUUCCUCUGAGGUGCUAUGGAUUAUCUUUCUUCUCAGGAAAAAUGAAGUUCAAUGGUGUUCCAUCCUAUGCUCUGUAAAUAAGCAAGAUAUCUGGUGGAUUGAUUUGAUCUUAGUGUUUUUGAUUCUAUCUGUGGAAAUUUCUUCAAGUUGUUUUGGUCUCCACCAUAGCUGUAGUUUUAGCAAUCAAAUUCCUUACUAGGAGAAUGCCCUUUAUAUCCUUUCAUGGUCGAAGCUCUGGCUUGCAUUCAUCCUAAUGCCAUCUCCAUUUCUGA